AUGCUCAGACGACACGUCUCAAAAGCCUUGGGAUACGAACAUCUCAUACGGGUUCCUAUCAAUGGUCCUCAUCGUCUAAAGUCGACUAGUAGCCGCACGCAAAAGUCGGAAACAAGAACCCAAAAAACGCAAACGAAAACAUCACCCGCCGCGGCCCCCACGACGGAAAGCUGGCUCACACGAAAAAUUGAAACGUCUCCGUCAGCGCGAUUCUGGUUUGAGAGACUGACGACACUGUUGGGGUACAAUUCUCCGAAACAAAUCGCGGGAAGGAGAGCGUUGGUGUUGUAUGACAGUCUUUGUGUGGGUACGGCUGGAGCCAAUCAGGAUUUUUGGAGGCACAAAUGUGAUCUACCUCCAACGUUUCAAUCAUGGUUUACAAUAACGCAUCUGCACGUAUGGAUGCUCACAGUCCGACUUCGCGCGCUUCCACCACCACAUGGGAAAUACUACGUUCAGUUUGUGCUGGAUCAUUUCUUCUUGGAUAUAGAAGACCGGAUACGAGCGAUAUUACAGCCUUCGGUGCCACCGCGGGCGCCAUACACGACACCUAGUACGUUUUAUGUGAAUCCAAAUUUGCCACCUGAAGGGGAGACACUGAAACGAGGGAGUCGGGCGCCUGAGAGGUUGGUGACGAGACAGUUGAAGGUUUUUAGGGAACAGUGGAUGGGGAUGGGGAUGUCGUUCGAUUUGGGACUCGUAAAGAGUGAUGCAGAGUUGGCGGCGGCUGUUUGGAGGAAUUUGUUGGGGGCGAGAGGAGCGAGGGGGAUUGAUUACUCGGUUGGUAGCUUUAGGAGGGCGGUGAAUCUUGUCGGAGGGAAUGUUGAGGAUCCCGAAAAGGUUGAUUUUGAAAAGGAGGAAGUGCGAGAUGAUGGAUCUGGGGUGCAUGACUAUGGACCGGGUGAAGUGGACAAGUAUGUGAUGUAUCCAGAGCUGAUGGAAGAGUUGGUUACAUAUAUCAGGAGAGAACUUGUUAGGUUGGAAGGGAUCAGCGAUUCAGAGAUAAUGGAUGGCUACAUAUCGGCCGUCAUGAAAUUUGGUAGUCUGAGGUAA